AUGCUUGUUAUUCCGCUGACAGCGGUAUUCGUGGAGAGCCACUUUGCCGUGUAUUCUGACAAGAAAGCCCGCCGUUAUGUAGUUAUACUAUAUAAACGACGAAGCGUUUGCUUGGCCAAUAAUGCAGAUGUAUUAGCCAACGUGGUUAUCUUUCGAAACAGCAGUAUAAACCGUCUAAGUACAGUGAAUUUCACCGCAGCUCAGCCGGCAGCGGGGGAGAGCUCUCUCCGCAGCGAGUGUGUUGCCUGCAUUAAGCGGCAUACUUGCGAUCCCUAUCACACCGUGGAGUACGCUCUUAUCCUGGCGUUAUGCGUGCUCAUCCUGCUGGUAACCGUCGUCGGAUGGCUAGUCAACCAGCAUGCACAGAUGCAGAACCGGCUGGCUCGACUGGAGACCCAGAGGGACGCGCUGCUGUCGGCCCUGCCGUAUCCCGGUGUCUUUCUCGACAAAGAUGAUCCUCAACGUCAGGGCAAAUGAAACGACGAGGUGCAGUUACAGCACGCUGGAUUUACCGGCAUCCGAUCCCGCUUCUGGAUAAACAAUGUCUUUUCUGUAAACAGCAGCUUUCUAUAAUCAUGCAUGUACAGUAUAUGUUUUACUACCGCUGAUGUUCUCGUAGUAUACAAUGUUAUCUCACAAUGUGGCUGACCGGCGGAAUCAUGAGAAUUUCACUAUUAUCCAUUCAGAAUGUUCAGUGUUUAUGUGGAUUUUU